GCAGAGUAAAUUUUAGUCGGUAAUCGUACACAAUAUAGGCCUAAACUAUCGAAAAAGAAAAAGAAAUUUCAUUUGUGGCUAUAUUGAACUAUUUCGGUAUAGAACUUUCAAUAUGAUUGAUGUGAAACGGUUUCGGAAUUUUACUUGCCUAAUUGUAUGGACAUCCGUUGUCAGUGUUGCUAUUGGAGGAAAAUAUCCGGCAGACAAACCAAGAUGUUUACCAGGUGAUAGAGAAUGUCUCAGAGGAGUAAUAAAUCAAUACAUUCACCAAAGUGCUAGUGGAAUACCUUCGAUCCAUUUGAUACCAACGGAUCCAUUAUUUAUACCGGAAAUCAAUAUAAUUCAAGGAAGCGAAAGUCCGGUUAAUAUCAAACUUAACUUUAAGAAUGCAAACUUUAUUGGAUUUAGUACGGUCGAUGUAACAAGAGUCAUUGGAUUUGAAAGGGAUCCCAAAACAUCAAAAUACGAAAUUUAUUGCCGCAUUCCGAAACUUGCUAUCAUUGGAAAUUAUAAAGUCUCUGGUAAAGUGAUCAUUUUGCCAGUAGUGGGUGAAGGUCCAGCUAAUUUGACUUUCGAAAACCUGGAUGUGACAGCCAAAUUUGAUCCAAGAGUUGAUAUCAAGAAUGGCAAAGAAUAUCUGCAGUUCAAAAAUGUGGAUGUGGACUUCACCACGACAAGACUUUACAUGUAUUUUGAAGAUCUGUUCAAUGGCGACAGGGUUCUUGGAGAGACGACAAAUAAAUUUUUAAAUGAAAAUUGGUACGACAUCCUAAAAGAAUUGAAAUUGGUAUUCCGAGACACUAUUGGCGGCAUUUUGAAAAAUAUCAUCGGAUCGGUGUUUGCGGCGUUUCCGUAUGCAGACUUUUUUGUGGAGGCUUGAAGAUGAACCUAGGUUUUGAACAAAUCAAUUGUGAUAAAAGUGAGUGUGUAGUGAAAUGUAGCCGAAUGUGUCCAUGUAAAUAAAAUGAAAAUUUCGUCUA